UAAAGAGGGGGGUUUUGUGUCGGCGCCUGGCAACCCUGGACGAGCCAGCCGGUGGACGCUGGUUUCCUUCUCACUCAGCCGAACGUCCGCAGCAGGUAGCCGGCUCGCAUCAUGGCCAAAGUCGCGGAUACUAAGCUGUACGACAUCCUCGGAGUCUCACCGUCGGUCAGUGAAAAUGAGCUCAAGAAGGCUUACCGCAAGUUGGCCAAAGAGUAUCAUCCUGACAAGAACCCCGAUGCUGGAGACAAGUUUAAAGAGAUCAGUUUUGCAUACGAAGUACUGACAAACCCAGAGAAGAAGGAGUUGUACGAUCGCUAUGGAGAACAGGGGCUGCGUGAGGGAGGAGGAGGCGGCCCCGGCAUGGACGACAUCUUCUCUCACAUCUUCGGUGGAGGGCUUUUUGGGUUCAUGGGGGGCCAGGGCAGAGGUCGUAAUGGAGGACGGAGGAAAGGUGAAGACAUGGUGCACCCUCUAAAAGUUUCUCUUGAAGACCUCUAUAACGGUAAAACUACCAAACUGCAGUUAAGCAAGAAUGUGCUGUGUAGUGCCUGCAACGGUCAGGGGGGGAAGGCGGGUGCGGUGCAAAAGUGUGUGGCAUGCAGAGGCAUCGGUAUGAGGGUCGUGAUCAGACAGCUGGCCCCUGGUAUGGUCCAACAGAUGCAGUCAGUCUGUGCAGACUGCAAAGGAGAGGGUGAGGUCAUCAAUGAGAAGGACCGCUGUAAAAAGUGUGAAGGUCAAAAGGUCUGUAAGGAAACCAAGCUGCUGGAGGUGCAUGUGGACAAAGGCAUGAAACAUGGACAGAAGAUCCCGUUCUCUGGGGAAGCUGACCAAGCACCGGGCGUAGAACCAGGAGACAUCGUCCUGGUCCUGCAGGAAAAAGAACACGAGGAAUUCCGCCGGGAAGGCAGUGACCUUCACAUGGUGCAACGCAUCGGCCUUGUUGAGGCUCUCUGUGGCUUCCAGCUAACUGUCACACAUCUGGAUGAGCGUCAGCUGCUUGUCAAAUACCCACCUGGCAAAAUCAUAGAACCUGGCGCCAUUCGGGUGGUGAAGGGCGAGGGGAUGCCACAGUACAGAAACCCGUUUGAGAAGGGCGAUCUUUACAUCAAGUUUGACGUGCAGUUCCCUGAGAACAACUGGAUCAGCCCUGAAAAACUGAACGAGCUGGAGUGUCUGCUGCCCGGCCGUGCGGACGCCCCCGUCAUCUCCGCUGAUGCGGAGGAAGUCGACUUGACGGAUUUCGACAGGAGUCAAGGGACGGCCGGGGGCUCAAGGAGAGAGGCCUACCACGAUAGUUCUGAUGAGGAGGGCGGCCAUCAUGGCCCCGGGGUGCAGUGUGCACACCAAUAGGAGGACUUUGUAGCGUGCGCACCCCUCCAGUCCCACUGCUAACACCAUUCAAGACUUGACGCACAAACAUGCACAUGUGGAAGAGAUACACAACACAUUGACAUAAACACACUGUGGUGCCCAUUACACACGCUGGAUGACUUUUCUUUACGGACUGUGACGUCUCAGGCCAGAACACGGGCCUCCCUGGUUAGUGUGUGUACUCUCCAACACACACACACACACACACACACACACACACACACACACACACACACACACACACACACACACACGCAUGCUGCUUACUGGCUGACAAGGUUGCACACCUACAAGGGCGUCCAGACACUAAAAGACGCCACACAGAAUAAUGUCGGCCUGAAGAUUCCACAGACAUUUGCCUCAUCCUUGAACCAUGUUUUCAAAACCUGCUGUCACAUUGCUAGAAGAUGUCUUGAGUUGUAGUCCUCGGCUCCGGUCUUGCUUGGACUUCAGUUUUUAUGUUCAAGUAUGUUUCCAGACCACUGACCUAUUACGUGAGCGCUUUCUUCUUUCUGAUGUGUCAUGCGGCGGCUCAGCCCGUCGGAGCCGCCUAGGAAUGUUCUGGCUUACUAGGAAGAUUGCUGUUUCCGCCUGGUGUUAAAGCUGCAGUGCGAGUGGACGCUGUCAAACAAGCGACUGUUUGCCAAAAAGUCUCAGCCCCUCAUGACCACACUCACUCGUCACAAGCGUAACAAGAGCCAACAUAUCAUCCUAGUUGUUAGACAAGCUUAUGUUGACAAUAUAUGAACCUUUGCCACACAGCAGAGUCCUCUAUAAUCCCAUUCUAACCAUGGCCAACUUUGCUUGAUGAGGACUUGAAGCUUCAGUGUAGGGAGAGGGUUGUGAAGUGAUGUUAUUGUUCUUGCUUCUGUUUGUCCAAAUGGUAAUUAAACUGUAUAAUAAACUUUCUCUGCAA